AUGGAGCCGCGAGCUGGAGCGCGGAGCGUGAAUGAGGGAGCAGAGCCGCCUGCCCUCCCGCCGCCGCCGCCGCCUCCCCUCCGCAAGCAGGAGCCCGGGCCGGGGCCCCGCACGCAGCCCCAGCCCCUCCCCCGUCGUCAGGCCACGAGGGCAGCGCGCGCGAGCCAGUGGGAGGGAAAGCGAGCGAGCGAGCGCGGGGAGGAGGCGGCCGAACCGAGCGGGAGCCGCCCCAGGUCGGCGCCCGCGGCCAAAGUCCGUAAAAAGGAGCUCAACUCCAACCACGACGGGGCAGAUGAGACCUCAGAAAAAGAACAGCAAGAAGCAAUUGAACAUAUUGAUGAAGUACAAAAUGAAAUAGUUAACGAACAAGCCAGUGAGGAGAUUUUGAAAGUAGAACAGAAAUAUAACAAACUCCGCCAACCAUUUUUUCAGAAGAGGUCGGAAUUGAUCGCCAAAAUCCCAAAUUUUGGGGGAAAAACGUUUGCUAACCAUCCACAAGUGUCUGCACUGCUUAGGGAGGAGGAAGAGGCGCUGCAUUAUUUGACAAGAGUCGAAGUGACAGAAUUUGAAGAUAUUAAAUCCGGUUACAGAAAAGAUUUUUAUUUUGAUGAAAACCCUUACUUUGAAAAUAAAGUUCUCUCCAAAGAAUUUCAUCUGAAUGAGAGUGGUGAUCCAUCUUCAAAGUCCACUGAAAUCAAAUGGAAAUCCGGAAAGGAUUUGACAAAACGUUCAAGUCAAACGCAGAAUAAAGCCAGCAGGAAGAGACAGCAUGAGGAACCAGAAAGCUUCUUCACCUGGUUUACUGAUCAUUCUGAUGCAGGUGCAGAUGAGUUAGGAGAGGUCAUCAAAGGUGAUAUUUGGCCAAAUCCAUUACAGUACUACUUGGUUCCGGACAUGGUUGAUGAGGAAGGGGGAGGAGAAGAAGAUGAUGAUGAAAAGGAAGAAGGAUUGGAAGAUAUUGAUGAAGGAGGGGAUGAGGAUGAAGGUGAAGAAGAUGAAUAUGAUGAGGAGGGGGAGGAAGGAGAGGAAGAUGAAGGAGAAGAUGACGAAUGGAACACUGAUGGAUUCCAACCUUCCUUUUUUAAUUUCCUCCAGUCCCUGGGAGCAAGUUGCAGUCUUUUUUUUUUUCUCCUCCUCUUGUGCUCAGUUGCCCUGUUUUUGAGGUCUCUUUUCUCCUUUAUACCAUGGCUCACAACUUAUUUUGGGGGGAAAUACCUUGAGCAGAAUUCAGUGGGAAAAGAAUCUCUACCCCUUUCUGUUCCAAAUUCAUUUUUAUCCCUUCCUUUAAAACUUUAUGGAAUCAACACCACCAUGCCCUGUAGGAAAAAAGAAAAACCUUCUUCUCCCUUAGCUCUGCUGGAAGCUGGAGGGUGCUAG